UGUGUGCUGGAGACGCACGGGACUAAACGCUCUGCCUUCCUCUCCCUUGGCAGGAAUUUCUACUACAUCACCAUCCUGCGUGACCCCGUCUCCCGAUACCUGAGCGAAUGGCGACACGUCCAGCGAGGAGCGACGUGGAAGGCCUCCCUGCACGUCUGCGACGGCCGGUCCCCGACCACCGAGGAGCUGCCCAGCUGCUACACAGGGGACGACUGGUCGGGCUGUUCCCUGCAGGAGUUCAUGGAUUGCCCCUACAACCUCGCCAACAACCGCCAGGUCCGCAUGCUCUCCGACCUCAGCCUGGUGGGAUGCUACAACCUGUCGGUCAUGCCCGAGGAGCAGCGAAAUAAGGUUCUGCUAGACAGUGCCAAGGAGAACCUGAAGCGGAUGGCCUUCUUCGGCCUGACCGAAUUUCAGCGGAAGACUCAGUAUCUCUUUGAGAAGACUUUCAACAUGAACUUCAUCUCGCCGUUCACGCAGUACAACAGCACACGGGCCUCCAGCGUGGAGAUAGACGAGCAGACUCAGCAGCGCAUCGAGGCCCUCAAUUUUUUAGACAUGGAAUUGUACGAUUAUGCAAAAGACCUGUUUUUGCAGCGGUACCAGUACAUGCGGCAGAAGGAGCACCAGGAAGCGCGGCGGAAACGCCAGGAGCAGCGCAAGAUCCUGCGGGCGAAGCAAGCGCGCCGGAGAGCGCAGGGCGACAACAGCUCCAGCACCGACUACGUGGGGAACGUGGAGGGGUGGCGGCGGUAGUGGGGGGGCUCGCCGGGCGCUGAGAGCGACGUGGAGCCCGACCCGAGCCCCAGGUCGGAGGCGACGGAGCGGUCCACGCAAACGAUGCUUCUGGAGGGUCUGAAGCAAAAAGAGGUUAAAAUGUUGCCUUUGCAGUUGCCUUUGCAGUAAAUGUUGUACUGUACGUGGAACACUUCAUCUUUGCGUGUAAUUAAAUUGUCCUUUUUAGGUUUGUUGGAUUAUUUAUGAAAUACAGGAGCCGAGAAGGCUCGUCGGAAAUGGUUGCUUGGACGUUUAUUUAAAAGAAAAGGGGAAAAAAAAAUUCCUUAAAUGAGUUAUGAGUACAAAAUGGGAUGCUGGAAAAUGUUUAUGAUGCUCGGCUGAAAUCUAUCUGGGAAGUAAACUCAUUUCCUAAUAAUGAGCAUUUAGCAUACUCUCACAAUACAGUACAUGAGCAAAACCUUUUCCCUUUGAUUUUUGUCUUAAUUUUAUUUUAAUAAUGUGUUUUCCAGGGCACCGACUGCUUAUGAUAUUUACCAAGUUAAUGAAUGGACGAUGAAGGGAACAAUAAAGGUCUAGAAAAAAUAUUGACUAGUUUUAUGUAUAAUAUUGGCUUUUAAAAGGAAUAGAAGUAAUUUCUCUAGUUAUAUAAAUAUUUAAAAUUUUAAACUUUUUCUACCUACUGCUGUUUAGAGUUUUAAGCUUAGUCUAUCUCAUAUUUAAAAAAAAAAAAAAAAAAAGGCAUACAUACUUUUCUGAACUCAAUGCCAAGGUUAGAGACACUGUUUCCAGAAUUCUUCAGGGCAGUAUGAUUUUAACCAUUCUGGAAAACCUGCAGCACAUCUUCAUGUUUCAUAAAGCCUUUUGCAAAUUAUAAUCUUGUGACAGUGUCUAAUUUUAAGUCUUCUUACCCAUUAGAAUACAUAAUGCUGAAUUUAUAAUUCCUUAAUAAUUGGUGGUAUAAACUAGAUGAAAUUAUGUUGCGAAUAUUUGUGUAGUGUCUUUAAAAAGUCAUAAAACUCU